AUGGCAGUAUGUUGCAACUCGUCUCAAUAUCUGCAGUAUCUGCAGUAUCUGCAGUAUCUGCAGUAUCUGCAGUAUCUGCAGUAUCUGCGGUAUCUGCAAUAUCUGCAGUAUCUGCAGUAUCCGCGGUAUCCGCGGUAUCUGGGUCGUCUGUGGCAACAGGAUGCACUGUACCGGCAGCGGCGGCCAAUGCCUGCAAAGUUGAAGCUUGCACUCCUGAGCGCGUGUGUCGCCGCGACCCACCAGGACAGUCCGGCCGACGGGAACGUGUCGCGCGCCGGCGACGGUUGCGGCAGGUAUCUGCAGUAUCUGCAGUAUCUGCAGUAUCUGCAGUAUCUGCAGUAUCUGCAGUAUCUGCAGUAUCUGCAGUAUCUGCAGUAUCUGCAGUAUCUGCAGUAUCUGCAGUAUCUGCAGUAUCUGCAGUAUCUGCAGUAUCUGCAGUAUCUGCAGUAUCUGCAGUAUCUGCAGUAUCUGCAGUAUCUGCAGUAUCCGCGUACAAGCGGCGAAGUCUGUGGUAUUGAAUACGAGGAGGCCGGACGCCGGUACUAUCCGGGUAACGCAUUCCACGUCCGCUACAAGGACGACCCCGACGCGCUCUUCGAGGCUCGCACCCCUCCCAAAAGCGCAGGAGGCUAUGGCUACAUCAUCACUGAGAAUGGCAUCGCCGACUCGACGGACAUUUUGCGUGGGUCCUACAUCGUCGAGCACCUGGCCGCAAUCGCAGCGGCGCGCAAGGCGGGCAUCCGGGUGCGAGGGUACAUCCACUGGACGCUCUCAGACAACUGGGAGUGGGCGGACGGGUACUGCCCCAAGUUUGGGCUCGUCGCGGUGAACCGUUCGACCGUGAACUUGACGCGCACGCCGCGCCAGUCGUUCUACUUGUGGCAGCGCAUCUGCCGCGAGCAGCGGGUGAGCAACGCCACGCGCUACGAGCUGUGGGAGCGAGUCCAUGCCGCCUCGGCCGCCGGUAUCUCACACUACAUGUGCCGCGCCGACGACGGCGUCCACAGCUACGAAGAGCCCAUCCCGACGCCAAUCCUUGGCGGCACGAGGCAUGACUGGCGCUUCCGUCUCGAAGACGCCGAGACCCUCUCCGAUCAGCUCUCGCAGGUCAUCGACCAAGCCUCGUCCUACUCUCUUCUCCAGUCGAUACGCUUUUCCGACGAGCACGAUUUCGACCCCUUUGCUCGCAGCGUAAACUGGAUCGCGGGGCUCUCGAUGCAGCCGCCGUCGCCGCCGGCGUCGCCGCGAUCGCCCGUUGUGAUUCACUUUGACAAGUUGAACGCUCGCUUGAACAAGACUGCCCACAUCGCCGCCGAGGCCAUGAUGCAGAGCUGGCAAGCCUUUUCGCAAGGCUUCUCCUCGCCCGCAGAGCAAACGGAGCCCGCGCCGGCGCUGGAGGACGCCCGCGGCCACGCUCCUGCUGCGGGGACGACGCUAGUGGUGGCCCUGCUGCUGCUGGCCGCUGCCAUCGCGGUGAGCGCUGCGCGGCGAAUCCGGCGAGCAGCACCGCGAGCACCAGCGUUAGCGUAG